AUGGCCAAAGGGAACAAGAAGAAAGCGAAGAAGCGGGCGCAAAAGGCAGUCGGCAAUGCCGCUCCGACGACGACGACGACGACGACGACUGGUGGUGCCACUGGCACGACGACGACUCUUCCCAAGCCUUUGAAUGAUUCGAACAAGAUGACGCCAAAAUCGGGCCCGGGGGUUCCCCCUUCGCCGUCGAAACCGAUUCGAUUACCGUCGCCGGAACAAGCGGCGUCCCUGGAAAAACUCCAAUCUUUCCCGACGCCGACGAAGAGUAACGGCAAAGACGUGGAAAAGACGCCGGAGUACGUGUGGAAAGCGCCGUACGAACCCGGGAGCGCGUGGGCGGAUCAAGUGGAUUCAGAUAUGUUUAAACGAGGAGGAGGAGAAAAGAAGAGCGCGGCGUCGCCGUCUCCGGGAGGGAAGCGAUUGUCGAUGACACCACAAUCUGUCGCGAUAGAGUCGUCGUCAUUGUCGCCGAAGAAUAUGACGGAAGCCAGUCCGGGGAAGACGGAGAGAGUGAUCGCGGAGGCGACGUCGCCGGCGAGGAUUCCGGACGCGAAGAAGGCGCCGACGCCGCCUGCGGCCGCGACGAGACAACCGUCGCCGUUGAGCAGACAGUCGCAGCCGCAAUAUGCUCAGCAGCAGCAACAACAACAAUAUCAGCCACAACCGAAAGUUCCGACGCCGCAGAGAAAGGCGCAAAUCGAGAGAAAGUCGUUCAUCGAGAGAACGUUCACGCCGGCCAAGGAGAAGUUGGAUAAAAAUCCGUUGAUUGCGGAAAUCGUUCGUGAACGCGAGGAAGCGGCAAAGAAACAAGACAAGACGAGUGGAGAUAAGAGUGGCGGCGAGAAAUCGUUUUUGGAGAAUACUUUGGCGAAUUUGAAGGAGAACAAAAUUGCGGCGAUUGGGAUCGGGGCCGGCGCGGUCGCGUUCUUGGUGAAGACCAUGGGUAAAGGACAACAAAAAUCGCGCGCUUAA